CUAGUGCACCGACGAAACUGUUGUCGCGAUUGCUCUUGAUCAGACGCUAGAUCUUGCAAAAAAAAAUCCAGAAGAAUCAUCCCAGAAGUAAUUAAAAAUUCUGGAGCCACGAAAAUGGCAACCGUCGAAUAUGGACUGCCCACCAACGGUGGAUUAAUGUCUCAAAUUCAGGCACUCAUAGCUCCACCGGUUUCAGAAGAAUCGAAAACUGGAAAGAGUAAGAAGGAAAAAGAGGAAAAACGACAUCCUUACUUCAAGAGACCUGGCAGAGGACAUAAUAGGGAUUCUUGUGAUGCAUGUAGAGAUGGUGGUGAACUCAUAUGUUGUGAUAAAUGUCCAGCAUCUUUUCAUUUACAGUGCCAUGAUCCCCCACUGGAACCGACAGACAUCCCUAACGGUGAGUGGAUGUGCCACUCGUGUCGUUGCGCUGCGAAAAAAGAAAAAGACAAAUUAAACCAUAAAAAAACAAAAAACAAAAGUGCCCUGGAAGUUCUGGCGUUGGCAGCGUCCCUGGCGAAUCCCCGUGAGUUUGAGCUGCCGAAGGAGCUGCGACUUCCCAUAACAUUCCCAGGAACUGAUAAAAUCGAUCCGACAAAUGGCAAGAAAAAACCACAGACGUCAUCCUGCAACAACGGAAAAUCCCACUGCCUGGAUUCAGGAACGAUGGUACCACUACCAGCUCGUUUGUGCUUCGAGUGUGGCAAGAGCUGUAAAAAAGCUCCCCUCAUAGCCUGCGAUUACUGCCCCCUGUAUUUCCACCAAGACUGCCUUGACCCACCCCUGACGGCGUUCCCCAGUGGCAGAUGGAUGUGUCCAAAUCAUCCAAAUCACUUUAUCGACCAGAAUCUCCUGCAGUCGUGUAACGCAACGACUCGCCUCAAACUCUGGGAUCAAUUUGCCACCAAGAGAAUUGAUCAGCACGCAGUCAAAUUGGAUUUCAUCAAAAAAGCUUACACAACAAAUCCCCCCUUUCGAGUGAAGCUCGCUGUCACCGAUAAAAAGCGAGUCAAAGUUCCAGACAUUGUCAAGUCCCACUACGCAAAUCCCCCAGAACUCAACUCCAUUAACACUUACAGACAAAACUUCUUCAUAAAUCCAAUAAUAAUCCCCCCAACUUCACCGAGAAUAGAGAAUGGUCACGAUGAGAUCGAAGACACCACCAAAAAUGCAGACGAGAAUUCCUCAGAACCACACGACCAUGAAAAAGUCUCCAAUCACCUGAUAAAGACAAAUAACCUUGAAAAAAUGGAGUGUGACGACAGGGAGGAAAGUCAAGUGUCUUCAGACGAGAAAACGGCAAAAGUCAAUUCUACAAAUUCUCCAGGCCAGAAAAAUUCCCACAAUUCUCCAACUUCCUUGAACCCUAAAAAAACACCGGAAGAAAGGGUCCAGGUGCUUAGGCAGGAUCACAGGAGGAUAGGAUAUCCCUUGAAAGAAGGAGUUCAGCUGCUGGAUCGUGCGGUACUGGAGGCCCUGGCCCAGCAGCGCCUAGAACAGAUCCUCAAUCCCCUGGAUAAUGACUACAAAUUAAUCAACAGUCAGUACCAGGCGAGAGCUGCACUCUUCCCAUUAAGCAGGAAGCCAGGACCACCAGCCUUCAUGAUUCGCAGGACACUGACAAUCGGCACUGGGGCUAAUUGUGAUGUCCUACUGUCCAGGUAUGGAGAGUGCGAGUGUAUAUCGUCGAAGCACGCAGUUAUAUUCUUCGAUGAGACCACAAAACGGUACGAAUUGCUGAAUUACAGUGAACAUGGUACCACUGUGGAUAAUGUGUUCUACUCGUGUGACUGCACAUCCUUGACCAUUCAGGAGAGGGAGGAUCUCAUUCCCGAUCACUGGAAGGAUUUCAGAAGAGGAGAGAAUGGGAUGGGUGAGUGUGGGGGAGUCAGGGGUCCUGAGAAUGGACACAGGGGAUCCUGCAAAUGCUGUGUCAUGGACCAGGAUGAGGGUAAUAGGGUUUACACUCAGGCUGGAUGGGAAGGAAGUGCUAUUGUCGCUCAUGGAUCUAUUCUCACGUUUGGUUGUCUUGUUUUUGUGUUCAGCACUGUUGCGAUUCAGUCGAAACAUUGAGCAGUGUUUUUUUUUUAUUUCUUUUGAGCCCAGAAGGGGCCGUCGGGGGGGUAGUCCUUGAGUGGGGAACAGGAUGAGUCAAUUUUGCAUGAGGAAUUCAAGAGAAACUGAAAUUAUUCAGGAGGAAUUUCUGGGGAAAGUCUCUAGGAGAAAAGAAUAAUUGAGGGGACUAUAGUGUGAACAUUUUUGACGAGCGAUCUCUUCAGAAAAUGUCAGAAAAAGGGAUAGUGAAAUUUUGAUACCAAAAUGACGUUAUCUUAUGUUCCAAAAUAUUAAAAAUGAAGUGGAUAAAUUAUGUUCUAUCAUUCGACAACUCUCUCCAUACGACAUGUAAAUAUUAUUUAUAAAUAAUCCUCAAAGGAUGGCGGUAUUUAUAACUACAUCAAUGCGUAGUAAUUUAUGAAGAAAAAGAAGACAGAAGAAUGUAAAUAGCAAAGAAGUACACCAGUGCAGCAAUAAAAUAUCCGUUGUGAUGAGAUUUUAAUAUACACUUUUGCUAAGAAAAUACUGAGUUAUCUGUUCUUUUAUUUUUUAAUGUUGAAUAGAAAGUUUAUUUUUGUGUAGGCUAAUACUUGGUACAUACAUUCUCGCGCCGUUACAUCAGGUACAUUACGAUUAACGACGAAUAUGCUCUUCAAUCCAAUAACGAAGUGAUAAUCCUUAAAAAUUCGACUGCCCUCUUAAUCAUGCAUUUAUCUCGUGACCAAAGGAUCUAACAGAAAUAUUGAAAGAUAUUUCCACUAGAUCCCCUCAUUAUCGAAAUAAUCUGUACAAUAAUUACGUGCAAAAAUAGAAUUCCCACGUUAUCACUUAACCACUGGAUUCAUCUUUAAUUCAUGUGUGAAUACUUUGUGGUCAGAGUUCACUUCUGAUAUGUCGAUACCAAUGAAAUCUCCUAAUUAAAUUCCCGACGGUUUUUGCUUUUUAUAUUUUCGUUAUCCUCGUGUUGAAGCUAUUUACGUUUAUCACAUAUUGUCACGCAGUCUUCGCUACGACUGAUUUCUGUAUUUCUGUAAUUUUCCUUGUACAAAAUUGUACAAAUCAGAAGCGACGAGUAAAGAGUAACAGGUCGGUUUCUUUCCUAGUCGAGUUAUUCAGGAAUAUCUCCGAUUCUACAAGUGAUAAUGUAAUUUUUACUAGAACCGCUGUGGUAGCUUGGAAUGAGUCACAAAAAGGGUCUCUACCAAAAUUUCAGCUAGUCUCUAGAUUUAGAGACAUUCCUGGAAAAUUUAUUAGCUUACUAAUUAAAUCGACUUGCUACCAUUCACUAACUCUCCACUGAAAUGAACUUUGACAUUUUCUAUGAACUUAGGCCGACCAC